CACUCCCUCCCUCUCUCUCUCUCUCUCAUUCACGCGUGUUGUGUUGUGUUGUGUUGUGUUUGCUCGCGCGGCCGUCCCCGUCCCCGCCAAACACCGCCGCUUCCCUUUGAUCUGAGCGAUUGUGCUCGCGGCAAUCGCUGCAUGCAUUUUGCUUCCGUGUUCUCGGACCUUUGACUGGAAUAAACGGACGAGCUUUGUGCGUCAACUUUUUUUGAUCCGCUCACGCGGUCUGAUUCACACCACCACCCACCAUGGCGGAGACGUGUACCUUCUUUCAAGGUGAUAGCACGGUCGUCGCCACCGUCCAGAGCAGUCUUUGCUACUGUGACGACACGGGCGCCUGGCGAGAGGAGGUUUUGCUCGCAACUCAGAACGGCCGCAAAACCACCGCCUCACGCAUUGGCCGCCACGAUGGUCGUCUGUGGAAUUUGCCCUUUCCCGAUGGCAUGGAAAUUGCCCGCUUUGGUGACGACAUGCCCGCCAUCUUUGCCAUUCCCAAUGAGGAGAAAAACCUCUCCAACUGUCCUCGCCUCAAGCUCUACCGCCGGCGCCUCAUGAAACACUGCGAGGGUGUUACCUUUGAUCUCACCAAGAACAAGGAUCUGAUCUGUGCCCUCCCCUACAACACCUACGGCAUGGAUGCUAUCUGGCGCUUUUUGUUUUGCUUCAAGUCGGAACAGGGCCAACUCCAUUGGGCCGUCACCAAGGAGCUUUUCAAACUCUGCAAAAACAGCAAAACCACCACACAGCGCGUGCGUCGCGACUCCACGUCCUCGGUGGUUUCAUCCGCUUCGAGUAGCUCUACGCCGCGCCGAACAACUUCCCGAGUCAAAGCGGAGCCCACCUCGGACGUCAUUUCCCAUUACCAGCAACAGCAACAGCAACAACAGUGGAGUGCCAUGGAGGAUUCCUUUCCCGCCGCGCCUUUUGCUCAACCUCAGCAGACCUUUCAACAACCGCAACAACACCAUGCGACGUCCUACGGCCCCGGCAUGCGCGUCUUGCGUCGCGGUUUGCCCGGUGUGUUUGUCAUUGACCACGUCGAUGCCCAAACGGGAACCGUCUAUCUUCAAUCUCGCCACGGUGCCCACAUGGUGGAGCCGGUCGAUCCUACGCACAUUAUGCCUGCUGGUCCCGCUCCCCCAGCUUCCCUUGCCACCAACCUCAAUAGCUUUGCGCACCAACAUCAAGACUCGCUCUUGGACAGCAUGCAACACCACCACGCCGGCCCCGUGGCCUCGUCAGAGUUCCCUGAUGUGCCCCAUCACCUCUUGCAGCCCACUUUGGCGCAGCAACAACAACACCAGCACCAACAACAGCUGCUGCUCCCCAACCAACAGCAGCUGUCUCACCAACUGCCCAUGACUGGUGGCUUUGAGCAAGAGGAAGCUUUCCCUGGCCUCAUGCUCGAAGCACCCUUUGACAUGCCCCUGGAUGAUGGCAUGGAUGCUACCGAGGAUUUGCUCCCUGCCUCACCCGACAUUCCCAUCCCCUCACUUCCCAACAUGGAUGGUGCUUACUGGAAUGCCGAGGAUUCGGGUGAUGUAGACUUUGAUAUGAUGCUGCCUUCACUGGGCAUGGACAAUUUUGCCAGUGCCGUCCCCUCCUUCCUGGAUGAGCAGUAUCAUUGA